UGUGGUCUUUGAGCGUUGUUGUGAAUUCAAUAUGGCGAAAGUUGGUGUUGUAUCCGUUUAUAAAAAGAAGUUAAAUUGAUCUGCGAAUAAAAUAAUUAUUUAAUUAAACACAGUGUACUUUAAAAAUCUCAGCUUCUUUUGCCCUUUCUGGCAUACAAUAAUUUUUAUUAGAUUGCAUUUCAUUUUUCACAAAGGAAUUGUGUUUGCACUCAUAGAAAAUUAGUCAAAUCUCUUUUCGAAAAUUUUAAUUUUGCUAGCGUUAUUAGCAAAUUAGUGAUAUUCAGACGGAAUGUGGGAAAUUUGCCAGUAUAUAGCUGAGAAAUAAGAAAAUUUCAACCAUGACGGAUACAAGAAGGAGAGUGAAAUUAUAUGCAUUAAAUGCUGAUAGACAGUGGGAUGAUAGAGGUACAGGACAUGUUUCUUCCUCCUAUGUUGAUCGUUUGAAGGGAAUAUCUUUGUUAGUGCGUGCAGAAAGUGAUAAUUCGUUGUUACUAGAAUCGAAAAUUCAACCAGAUACUGCUUACCAGAAGCAACAGGACACAUUAAUAGUAUGGUCUGAAGGAGACAAUUUCGAUUUAGCGUUAAGUUUUCAAGAGAAGCUUGGUUGUGAUGAGAUCUGGGAAAAAAUAUGUCAAGUGCAAGGAAAAGACCCUUCUGUUGAGAUUACACAAGACAUUGUUGAAGAAUCGGAAGAUGAGAGGUUCGAUGAUAUGUCCGAUUCGGCACCACCAAUUGAACUACCCAGCUGUGAACUCAGUCGUUUAGAAGAUAUCAGUGAAUUAAUUAGCAACUGCUUAAGCUCUCCAAUGAGAAAAGAAAAGUUAGCAACUGCUAUUGAAAGUGAAGGGUAUAUAAGAAAACUUAUUAAUUUAUUUCAUAUGUGCGAAGAUCUAGAAAGUAUGGAAGGGUUACAUCAUCUAUACGACAUAUUCAAAAACAUAUUUUUAUUAAACAAAAAUGUUUUAUUUGAUGUGAUGUUUAGUGACGAAUUAAUCUUUGAUGUGGUGGGUUGUUUAGAAUAUGAUCCUUCGUCUCCUACUCCAAAAAGACAUAGAGAAUAUCUUAAGCAACAAGCAACAUUCAGAGAAGCAAUUCCUAUAAAAAACACAGAGCUGCUGUCGAAAAUCCAUCAAACAUUUAGGGUUCAAUAUAUUCAAGAUGUUGUGCUGCCCACUCCUUCAGUUUUUGAAGAAAACAUGCUUUCGACAUUGAGCAGUUUUAUAUUUUUUAAUAAAGUUGAAAUAGUGUCCUUAGUACAAGAAGACGAGAAGUUUUUGACAGAACUUUUCUCCAUGUUAACAGACAUACAUACACCCAAUACCAAAAGAAGAGAUUUGGUUCUCUUUUUGAAGGAGUUCUGUAAUUAUUCACAAAACUUACAACCUCAGGCUAAAGAAACUUUCUACAAGACUUUGACUUCUCUUGGGAUUCUGCCGGCACUUGAAAUAACCCUCGCUAUAGAUGAUGUGAAGACCAAGACUGCUUCCAUUGAUAUACUUACUUACAUUGUAGAAUUUUCACCAUCUGUAGUUAGGGAGUAUACACUACAACAGGCUAGUAAUACUGAUGAGGAUCAAAUGCUUCUCAAUAUUAUUAUUGAACAAAUGAUAUGUGAUAAUGAUCCAGAAUUAGGGGGUGCUGUUCAACUAAUGGGUGUAUUAAGAAUUCUUCUGGACCCAGAAAAUAUGCUAGCUUCAGUCAACAAAUCUGAGAAGACAGAUUUCCUCAAUUUUUUCUACAAACAUAGUGUUCACAUCCUAAUAGCUCCACUUUUAGAGAAUACCAUCCAAGACAAACCUCAAAAAGAAGAUUACAGAAGUGUUCAACUAUUGGGUCUAAUUUUAGAACUUCUUUCUUUCUGUGUUGAACAUCACACCUACCACAUAAAAAACUGUAUACUAAACAAAGAUCUACUUCGUCGUAUACUAGUUCUAAUGAAAUCGAGACACAAGUUUCUCGUUCUGUGUGCUCUAAGAUUUAUGCGUAAGUUAAUAGCGCUUAAGGAUGAAUUUUAUAAUCGUUAUAUCAUAAAGGGCAACCUCUUUGCACCGGUAGUUGAUGCUUUUGUUAGAAAUAAUGGCCGAUACAACCUACUGGACUCAGCUAUUAUCGAAAUGUUCGAGUUUAUCAAGGUAGAGGAUAUUAAGACGCUGUGCUCGCAUGUGGUGGAAAAUUAUGCGAAAUGUCUGGACGACAUUUGCUACGUACAGACUUUUAAGUCUCUAAAGUUGCGCUACGAUCAACACCAAGACAAACUGAAAGAUAGGGACCGAAAUAGUUUAGAUGGUGUACCCUCCAUAUUACGAAAUACUCGUUACCGCAGGGACCAAAGACAAAUGGAUGAAGAAGAAGAAAUGUGGUUCAACGAUGACGAUGAUUUCGAAGAUAGUGAGACAGUUCUUCCAGCCUCCAACGAUAAGUUAACCAAGAAAAUAGAUUCUGAUUUAGAUAGUAUUGGAAAAAUAAUAGAAAAGAAACCACAAACAGAAGUGAACGGUCCGAAGAUGAAUCAUAAUUCAUCGCCGAAGGCAACUGUCCAUAAUAACAACACAAGUCCACCAGGACAAACAACGGCAAGUCCUAUAGCUACAAGUGACACCAAGACACAAUUGAUCAAAAGGGGUUUAGUAGAUUACGAGGGUGGUGACUCGGACGAAGAAGAUGAGGAGGGUGAGGUGACGAAAAGGCCGAGACUUUCAUAGUCGAGUCCACAAUCUGCAGCGACCACCUCUGCCCUCAAGCGUUCGGCUAAAGCCUUACGUAGUUGAAGCUGCUGCGGUUCGAUGUCGGAUUUUUCACCAGUUAAUACAGCUUCUGCAGCUCUCGCGGACCUGGGUCUUCCCUUUGAUUUGGUGUCACCUAAGGACAAAAACAAAUUGAAGCCGUACUAGAAUAUUAUAUUUUAUAAAAACAUUGAUUUUAAGCCAAAUAAAAGUUAUCACCAAGUAUUAUUGCACAUUAA